UAAAAACAAAAUUUUUAGUUCUAUUAUAUACCACUCUAUUGGAUUUUGAUCCACUAUAUACAAAUUUACAACUAUAUUUAUACAUACUAAGCCCAAUCACGCCAAUAAAAAAAAAUUAACCCCAAAUCUAAAAGUUAAACCCUAAACCGCUAAAUGUCGGUCUGCUCGUCGCCUCAAUGUCUCAUGUUGUUACCCUAAGUCGAUCGUCUCCUACUCUCAACGUCAUUGUUCGUGCAAUAUGAUCAUCGCCUCAUCGGCCAUGUUAUUCAUAGGAAAAAUAUCAUGACAUGAAAUGUGUGUGUUUUUUAAGACAUAAAAACUUGAGACCCAACAUUUUCACUAUCUCUCUCAGCAAAUUUAAAUCGGGCGACACAGUUGUCAAAAUCACUCGAAGUUCGCUCAACGCUCACUCGGAAUAUUCACUGCUCGGAAAAUGCUCGUUUGAUUUGAGAUUUCUUGUGUCUAGAGAUGAAGAUUCUGAAGGAAAAUGCAGGUCCGCUUACGAAUUUUGAAGUGCUUGAUUUUUUACGAUCUAGAGGGGCUGCAAAAGACCCCACACGGGUUCUUGCUUCGGUAGCACCUUCAGAAUUCAAGGUUUACGACUACCUGGAGCACACGGCAGCUUCUAGUCAAACAAAAGAGAGCAUUACUGAGUUUGCGGCUCAGUGUAAACCAUACAAGCUUACAAAGUCUGAGAUCAUUAACAUCGUCAACAUUAGACCGUCUUCGUCUGUCGAAAUUUACCCCUUGAUUGAGAAUCUUGAGGCGCGACUAGAAGAAAGUGUUGAAGAAUUGGUUGAGUUGGUUUUGCAAGUGUUUCCCUCUUCUGAAGAAUAAAGUAAAUCUGAUGAAUGAAUGAAAGCAAACCUUAUAUGUAUGCUACCAUUGUUUGUUAUCUGUCCUUGAAAAUUUAAUUAAAAUCGACAGUCAAACACAUCAUUUCUUGUUGGUC